AGAGAGAGAGAGAGAGAGAGAGAGAGAGAGAGAGAGAGAGAGAAAGGAGAAACGCAUCGAAAGGCUUCGAAAGGCUUCGUCGGUCGCUGCGAGACGGCCAGAGAGCUGGGUGACCCGUCGCCAUGUCGCCUUUCCUGCGGAUCGCCUUCAACGCCUUUGACCUCGGCGCCCUUCCCCCGCUGACAGACCCCCCCUUCUGUGCCAUCAAGAUGAAGGAGUCACUAAACACAGAACGUGGGAAGACGCUGGUGCAGAGGAAGCCCACCAUGUACCCAGCCUGGAAGUCCAGCUUCGACGCCCACAUCUACGAGGGCCGCGUCCUGCAGGUGCUGCUCAUGAAGACAGCAGAGGAGCCGCUAUCUGAGGUCACCGUGGGCGUGUCUGUGCUGGCAGAGCGCUGUAAGAAGGCCAGCGGGCGUGCCGAGUUCUGGGUUGACUUGCAACCCUCGGGGAAGGUGAUGAUGGCAGUGCAGUACUUGGUGGAAGACUCAGAUAUUGAGAACAAGCAGCCUGCCAAGGAGCAGGAGGUCCUGACGCUGAACCGACGUCGUGGUGCCAUCAAGCAAGCCAAGGUUCACAACAUCAAGAACCAUGAGUUCAUUGCCACCUUCUUCCGGCAGCCCACCUUCUGCUCUGUGUGCCGCGAGUUUGUCUGGGGGCUUAAUAAGCAAGGCUACCAAUGCAGAGAAUGCAAUGCAGCUAUUCACAAGAAGUGUAUCGACAAGAUCAUUGGGCGGUGCACUGGAACCGCGGCGAACAGUCGGGACACUGUGUUUCAAAAGGAGCGCUUCAAGAUCGACAUGCCACAUCGCUUCAAGACCUACAACUACAUGAGCCCAACUUUCUGCGACCACUGUGGCAGCCUCCUAUGGGGUCUGGUCAAGCAGGGCCUCAAGUGUGAAGAUUGCGCUAUGAACGUCCAUCAUAAGUGCCAGACGAAGGUGGCCAAUUUAUGUGGGAUCAAUCAGAAGCUGCUUGCUGAGGCCCUGACCCAAGUCAGCCAGAAAUCCACUAGGCGCUCUGACCCUAACCUAGCGAACGAUUGUGGGAUCUACCAGCCUUUCAACAAACCCCCUGGUCUGGAUGUCAGUGCAGAUGGCUCCCAGUAUUGCAAGCUGUGGGACAGCACCACACCCCCCCGGCCCCCCUCCCGCAUCACGCACCAGACACGAGUUAACGUGGAGAACUUCAUCUUUCACAAGGUGUUGGGAAAAGGCAGCUUUGGGAAGGUGCUGUUAGCAGAGCUGAAGGGGCACAGUGAGUACUUUGCCAUCAAAGCACUGAAGAAGGACGUGGUACUUAUGGAUGAUGACGUAGAGUGCACCAUGGUGGAGAAGAGAGUACUGGCACUGGCUUGGGACAACCCCUUCCUCACACACCUGUACUGCUCCUUUCAGACCAAGGAGCACCUGUUCUUUGUGAUGGAGUACCUCAAUGGAGGAGACCUAAUGUUUCACAUACAGGAGAAGGGACGCUUUGAUCUAAGCAGAGCCACGUUCUACUCAGCUGAGAUCAUCUGUGGUCUACAGUUUCUCCACUCCAAAGGCAUCAUCUACAGGGACCUGAAGCUGGACAAUGUAAUGCUGGAUCGAGAUGGACACAUCAAGAUAGCAGACUUUGGCAUGUGCAAAGAGAAUGUGUUUGGGGAGAAUCGGGCCACAACCUUCUGUGGAACACCAGAUUAUAUUGCUCCUGAGAUCCUGCUGGGACAGAAGUACUCCUUCUCAGUGGACUGGUGGUCAUUCGGUGUGCUCAUGUACGAGAUGUUAAUUGGCCAGUCCCCCUUCCAUGGCGAUGAUGAGGAUGAACUGUUCGAGUCCAUCCGCAUGGACACUCCUCUGUACCCACGGUGGAUUACAAAGGAGGCUAAAGACCUGCUGGAGAGGUUGUUUGAGCGUGAUCCCACUCGAAGACUUGGCAUUGUUGGUAACAUACGUGCCCAGACUUUCUUCAGGACCAUUAACUGGUCUGCCUUGGAGAGGAGGGAGAUUGAGCCCCCCUUCAAGCCUAAAGUGAAAGCUCCCAACGACUGCAGCAACUUCGACCGGGAGUUUCUUAAUGAGAAACCGCGCCUCUCUCACAGUGACAAGAACUUCAUUGAUUCUAUGGACCAGGCUGCUUUCUCUGGCUUCUCAUUUAUCAACCUUAAAAUGGAGCACCUGCUGGAGAACUGAAGGAUGACCCAAAGUCCCAUUGUAGCACUCUGUGUUUCAAGAGAAACAUGAAGCCGGUGUUCCAGUCAAUCUGUCAAGGUCUCCUCUCCUGUGAUCAAACUUUCAGCUGAUGAAAAUGUUUAGUGUACUCUGUUUCAUCAUGCCUUGACACACACACCCUCCCUGUUACUUCAGAUAAGAAACAGGACUUUGUACAGGUAGCUGUUUCAUGUUUAUGUUUGGAUGUGCGACGUUUAUGUUUCCUAUUUGUAUUCAGGCAUGUGUGUGUAAGGGAAUUGGGUGUUAGAGAACACCGCUUGAGCAAGAACUGUAAGGGGCCCGUAUCUGGGGAAAUGGCUGACCCCAAGGUGAUGAUCUCCCAGGUCUCUGCUGGGAAAGCACAGGAGUAUUCAGUAUAACUGUAUUCACCACAUGUAAGGAGGCCAUCAGGCCAUGUGGAGCUCUGCAUCAUCAGGGGCCCUAUCUUUUUCCCCCAUCAUGCCUCUUCCCCAUAACAAAACAAUGCAGGCUAUCCAAAAUGGGAUAUGUAACAAGCCUCUUGUUUACAAACCUGACACUUUCUGUACACAGUGGAUCGUUCCUUUCCAAAACUUUUAAAAUUACACCUGAAAUACCAAUGUUUGCGACUUGUGAAAUCUCAAGCUAAAAUUUAUAUAUAAAUGUGGUUAUUUUUUAUAAAAGAAAAAAAAUUAACUAUUUGCUACUUUCAUGUAGCAAUGUGCAAUACCCCCUGGACAGAACCUGGAGUUAGACUUUGUGCUUGGGAUAUGAGUAUGUACGUACAUUAUUACUUGAAUGUACUUAUUUUAAUAAGAUACAGUAUAAUAUGUAUAUAUGUGUUCCAACAUGUAUUGUUUACCUACAGAUGUUCUUUUUAUUAUUCCCCAUCUUUUACAUCUUAAUAAAAGUCUAAACUUUAA